AUGUCUGGCAGAUGUCGUUAUAAAUUAAUCGAUAUUGGUGCUAACUUAUGUCAUCCAAGCUUUCGGAAUGAUCUAAAUGAGGUUAUUGAACGAGCAAAACAAUCAGGUUUGUGCAAAAUAAUGAUUACGGGAACAUCGGUAGAACUAAGCAAGGAAGCUCGAGAACUGGCACGACAGUUUCCAAAUUUUCUCUUCUUUACAGCAGGUGUCCAUCCUCAUGAUGCAAAAGACUUUGAUAAUAAUACAAUAUAUGAACUAAGAAAACUAUGCAAUGAACCUGGUUGUGUAGCAGUAGGUGAAUGUGGUCUGGAUUUUAAUCGAAAUUUUUCACCACAAGAUCAGCAAAAGUUGGUUUUUGAUGAACAGCUUCGAUUGGCAUGUGAUUUGAAGAAACCAUUAUUUAUUCACGAAAGAGAUGCACAUCAGGAUAUGGUUGCUGCUCUGACCAGGUAUAAAGAACAAUUACCUCCAGUGGUUAUACAUUGUUUCACGGGUAAAGCCGUAGAAGCUGAAACGUAUAUUAAGAUGGGCUGCUAUAUUGGAUUAACUGGUUUUUUAUGGAAAGAUCGAAGCGAUAAUGGUUUAAAGUAUGCAUUGCGUCAUUGUAGAAUACCAUUGGACAGAGUUGUUUUGGAAACUGAUGCACCGUUUAUGUAUCCGAAAAUUGAUGACAAGAAGAUUCCAUUUGAAAUUCGUAAUUGCAUCACGGAUGAAGCAAAAAAAUUUCAUAAAUUUGCAUCAUUUAACAGAAAUGAACCAUGUACUUUAGCGGCUAUUUGUGAGCUUAUUGCUGCUUAUAUGAAUGAAGAUCCAAUAAAAGUAGCUAAUAUUACUACGGCAAAUGCUAAACACAUAUAUGGUCUAGAAUAA